UUGGGGUUGGAACUUUGGAGGAUAUCCAGCACACACAUCUCUCUCGCUCUCUCUCCCCCCGCCAGUCUCAUCGUGUCGGGGCUAGGAUCGCGAAGACACGGAGAAAGAAGGAUUUACUGCACGACAUGAGGGGUGUGUGGGUUUUGUCUGCAGCUUUGCUCCUCUUGGGUCUGGCCACGACUGCAGGAUACCCCCAAAGAGAUGCCAGAGACUGGUGUGAACAUGACAAAGCUCUCCACAAACGGUUGGAUAUUGUAGAAAAGAAUAUAGAACGAACGGUCAAUCACUUGGAGGCUGAAAUAUCUGCCUUGCUCAGAGUCAUUGAGACUUCAAACCCCCCACUUCAGCUGGCAGCUCCAACCAUGGACAUUUUUGAGAAUGGUUUGCACUGAAUGUUAUGAUGCCAGUUGCAAGUUGAAAGGCAGUCAUGAAUGGACAGAUACAUCAAGAAACUAAUCAACAAGAUGGGAUUAAAAAACAUCUGUCAUCAGUGUCUACAGUUAUUUCUUAUAUUAAUGAAUUCUGCAACCUGUUCCUCUCAUGGGAUUAUAUUGAGAAACCUGCUAACAUUCAUUCUAUAUCUGUAACCAGGGUAGGUUGUAGGUGCUUUUGCUGGGAGAUCUGCUAUCACAGUUUGUCACAUUUGUCUGUCUUGCGACAUCCUCACAUUCACUGUCGCUCAUCUGUAACUGCUCUGUGACUUCCAUCUUCCAACAGUGUUGAGGUUGACCCCUCUUUCAGCUGCCAUUUACCCUCUAGAAGAGGCUUUUCAGCUCUGAUCAAAUGGCCCAAAUACGGACAUUUUUUUUUCAGGAUGUCCUUUUUUAAAGUUCUUUUUGCUCCUGCAGUUUUAAGCACCUCUUCAUUUUUCUUGGUCUAUAUAUGGAAUUUUUAGCUCACGUCUUAGAUCCAGGAUUGAAAGCCCUCUUUUUUGGAUGUAGGUUUGCUCGCUGAGCUGCAAGGUUCAUUUACAGGUCUGGAGGCUCACUGAUGAUGUUACCUAGUAUGGU